AUUAUUUCUCUUUGAUAAACACGCCAAACCAAACGCAUUGGGUUUCGGCGCCAAGGCAAUAAAAAAUAUUCCAGAGCAGAGAGAAUAAGUUAUAAAAUGGAAACAAUGGAAAUUACUUCACAUUCUACUAAUCACGUUUCUAAAGAUGAAAAAAUGGAAGAAAUUUCGGCUGAUGAGAUGACUUCUCGUGAUUACUAUUUUGAUUCCUAUGCGCAUUUUGGUAUUCACGAGGAGAUGCUAAAAGAUGAAGUAAGGACUCUUACUUACCGUAAUUCAAUGUAUCACAAUAAACACCUUUUUAAUGGAAAAGUGGUCAUGGAUAUUGGUUGUGGCACUGGCAUUUUGAGUAUGUUUGCUGCAAAAGCUGGAGCAAAGAAGGUUAUAGCUGUCGAGUGUUCUAAUAUUGUUGAAUAUGCCAGAAAAAUUGUUCAAGCUAACAAGUUUGAUCACAUAAUCACAAUAGUAAAAGGAAAGGUGGAGGAAGUUACCCUACCAGAUGGUAUAGAACAAGUUGAUAUAAUAAUUUCAGAAUGGAUGGGUUAUUGUUUAUUUUACGAGAGCAUGUUGGAUACUGUUUUAUUUGCGCGUGACAAAUGGCUUAAGCCAAAUGGUCUUUUGUUUCCUGAUCGCUGUUCUCUAUUUAUAACUGCCAUUGAAGAUAGACAGUAUAAAGAUGAAAAAAUUAACUGGUGGGAUGAUGUGUAUGGAUUUGAUAUGAGCUCAAUUCGUAAGGUUGCUAUAAGUGAACCUCUGGUCGAUGUUGUUGAUCCUAAACAAGUUGUUACAAGUCCAGCCUUAGUAAAGGAAGUUGAUUUGAACACAGUAAAAAAGGAAGAUUUGGAAUUUUCUUCAAAUUUUACAUUAUCGGUUCGUCGAAACGAUUAUGUUCAGGCUUUAGUCACAUAUUUUACUGUUGAAUUUACUAAGUGUCAUAAACGUAUUGGCUUUACCACUGCUCCUGAUGCACCAUACACACACUGGAAACAAACUGUGUUUUAUUUUGAAGACUACAUGACAGUUCAAAAAGGUGAAGAAAUUAAUGGAGUUUUUACAAUGAAACCCAAUCCGAGAAAUAACAGAGAUCUGGACUUUGCCAUUAAAUUGGAUUUCAAAGGCGAAUUAUGCGAGGUGCAUGAAGAAAACCAUUAUCGUAUGCGUUAAAUUCUUUGCAGUUUUGUGUCCUGCUUUACUUUUUGGCCUGAACAGUUAUUUCUUUUGUUGAGUGAUAUUAUGUAGCAUCUUUUUUUGGUUUAAUAUUUUUUUAAAUUAACAAUUUUUUUUAUACUUUAAAGUUGUUUAAAACGUUACAAUAUUAUGAAUUGCAAAUGCCAAACACUGUAAUUUUAUUAAGAAACUGUAAGUAACCUUUUACUUUGCUAUUUAGUAUAUUAUAAGAAUUAGAUGUAUAAUAUUCAAAUACAGUUUUAAUAAUUA